AUAAGACUAUAAAUGGAACAAAUAGAUUCAGUCCCAGGCAAAUUAUUUUUUGCAAUCUAUAUGUUAUCAAAAAACCAAUAAUUGGGAGUUAAGUAAAAAUGGCAUUUGAAGGGUAAUAAAAAUAUAAUUUAAAUUUUAGAUCUUGUAAUUCAAUAAGAUUAAAGGAUGAUUGAUAUCAUAGAAGAAUAUCUCGAAAAUAAAAAUAGCAAAUAGUUAUUUGGAUAGCUAUUACAAAUAUGUAAUGAAGAAUCAUUUAUAUCUGAUGAUUGUGUUUCUCAAACAAGCAAUUAUAAGUAUCAUCGUCCUUAAAUGAUUGUCUUACCUAAUAAGAAAUUUGAAUUGAAUUUUAGGAAGUUUAGUCAAGGGUAAAAAGUGAUCUCAGAAAAGUCAUUAAUUUAUAAUAAAUCAAGACAUUAGAAUACACAUGAGAGUUGA